AUGAUAAUAUCAGAAGUGUUUGAAACUUCAGAAAAUCAUAGCAAUGGUGGUAGUAAAUUUAAUGAUACUGAAGAUAGUGAUGGAGAAAUAAGCAUUUUGAGAGUUGAAGAAGCAAACAAUGUUAUUACAAAAUUAAUGCAAGCAAUUCCAGAAGUAAUUACUCAUCAUCCACUUGUGUAUAUUAGAAAUUCUGUGAGAACAAAAAGGUGGCAAAGACAAAUGCAGAAGAAAGCUGCUACAGUAAAUGCAUAUACAAAUCUGGAUAACAUUGAUUUAGAUAGUGAUUCUGAAAUUAUUAAAGACGGGUUUGAAGUUGAAACUGCUGAAGGUCAUAGCAUUAUAUGCUUUAAGAAGUUGGGUGAUACUAUUAAAAGAUUGGAAAAUGAAAUUAAAAGAAAUAAGCAUAAAGCAAGUAUUAUAGUAGCAGAAGCAGCUGUGAAGGGUGUUUAUCAUGCCCAUUGUAUACGUUCAUGGGCAAUAAAUUAUAUUAAAAAUAGUGCAUUUCCAAUUUUAAGACAAGCAAAACAUGUAAAUGAGGAGAUACUUCCAAGUCUUUGCUUUGAUCCUUCUCCAACCAUAUGUGUAAGAACAGCCUAUAAGUGGUUAAAAACAUUUAGUUUUGAAUACUCAGAAGUUAGGAAGGGAAUAUACAUAGACAGUCAUGAGCGUGCAGAUAUG